AUGGCUGAAAAUGCCUCGCUCGGGCAGGAUACCGAGUUAAUUCCGAUUCGCGGGAGCUACCGAAGCUCAGAUCGCCUUAUUCACAGCCUUUCUGAGGAAGGCCAGGCAAACGAGCACCACAGACAAUCCUUAGAUGAGUCCCAGUCGAAAGAAGAAGAAUCGGUCCGUCAAAAUCGGGGUCUUUUCGAAGGCUGGAAGUUCAGCGCAUUUUUGGCUUUCGUGUCGAGCGUGGUCGUAUUGUUGUUCAAUAUGAUCUUUCUCAUUUACUCAGCGGCUACCACUCGGAACGCGGGUGGAACGACUCUUAUGCGAGGAGAUUGUGGAAAGAUGCAGCAUUUGAGUACUGUAAUGCACUGGGUAAUCAACUUGUUGGGCACUGGUGUGCUAAGUGCCAGUAACUUCGGAAUGCAAUGCCUGGUAGCUCCGACUAGAACAGACAUCGAUCGUGCUCACAAAAAGCACAGCUGGCUCGACAUUGGCGUUCCCAGUGUUCGAAAUCUAUUCCGGGUAUCUUCCAAACGGUCAUAUCUAUGCCUAUUUUUAAGUUUCUCGUCUCUUCCUUUCCAUUUGUUCUACAACUCCGCCAUUUACUACACAACCGCGGUACCGGCGUAUGAUAUAUUCGCUGGCUCUGGAUCUCUGGGUCAGAUGAAUUGGUCAAACGUCCAGUUGCAAAACUUAACCCAGAUUCCGGGCAAGGACAACUCUCUCAAAAUUCUCCAACGUGCCGCCAAGAAUGGCACACUGCACCGUUUGGAAAGUGGGAGUUGUAUUGCUGCCUUUGCACAAACAUACCAAACAGCAUAUGACAAGCUUCUGUUGGUAACGGAAGAUGUUCAGGGCAAUGAUUCAUACGCACUGGUCUUCACGAAUCCUGUGUACCAGGCCACAGGUGGAUACACUGCCGUAGCCAUGGAUCCCUACCGCUGGGUUUGUCCUCUAGAUGGUGCUUCGCAGCACGCUUGCAAAAAGACCGGAAUUUCCGUCGUUCAAAAAUGGGCCGAUAGCAAAAGUUGGACCGUGAAUCAGCAACCUGGCUAUUUCACGAUUGACGAUAAGUCGGCCGAUUUUAACAUCCAGUACUGUCUGGCUAAGCCAGCGAAGCAGCAAUGCAGCCUGCAGUAUUCGCCCCCUUCAAUGAUUGCGGUCAUUAUUUCCAAUAUUGUGAAGACAGCAAUCCUGUUAUACAUAUGGCUUGGGGUGACUAAAGCUCCUAUUUUGACUAUCGGUGAUGGAAUUGCAUCUUUCUUGCGCCGCAAUGAUAUCUACUCACAAGGCAUGUGUUUGCCCUGUGACGGCAGCGCAACGUGGACAAUGUCUAUCCUAGGUGGACUCAUUGUGCUUUUUUUUGGAUUGAUGAGGAUUGACAAUAUCGGGAGCGACAUUUGGGCUACAAAGCUCGGAGACAUCACAUCGCAAACAAUCAUCAGCACUGGCAGCAGUCAAAGAUUUGUCACCAACUCGCUCAUAGCCAAUUCUCCCCAACUCAUCUUCUCAUUCCUCUAUGUGGCAUAUAACAGUCUUUUGACUUCGAUGUGUCUUUCCGCCGAAUGGAGCCGCUUCGGCAAUCUGCGCAAAGGUCUCCGCGUCUCUCACAAACCCAUGCUAUCACAGCGAAGCAACUAUUUCCUCUCGCUACCAUACCGCUUUGCAGUGCCACUCAUGGCAGCCUCGUCGAUUCUUCACUGGCUUGUUUCACAGAGUCUGUUUGUGAUUGCUAUUGAAGCGUACGAUUCGGCUAUGAACAGAGAUCCCUCGCAGGACGUUUAUGCCUGUGGGUACUCGCCCAUGGCCAUUAUUAUUGCAACUUCGGUCGGUGUUAUCAUGUUUACGUGUCUCAUUGUUCUAAGUCUCCGCCGGUUUGAAUCGGCGAUGCCAGUGGCGAGCAGCUGUAGCUUGGCCAUUGCUGCAGCGUGUCAUCCGGAAUUCGACCCUAAUGUGGAUGAAAUGGGGCCUGAACCUGUGGAAGAAAUUGAGUCUGAAGACGAGGGGGAAGAUAUAGCCUUAUUGCCUCUUCAAUGGGGGUCGAUUGCAGUCGAUGGUCCUGUUAGGCACUGUACUUUUGCUUCUGGGGACGUAUUUCCUCCCGAGGAGGGGCAAAAGUACCAGUGA